UCCUCUUCCUCUCUCUGGGCCACGUCAUCUAACAGCAGCUUCAUCGUUCUGCGCAUGCGCGUCUCCUCCUCCUUCACUACCAGCAGCUCGAGGAUCAGCAGCAGACAGAUGAUGAUGAUGAUGAAGAUGAAGAUGCUGUCCGUGUUUGUGGUCCUGGUUCUGUUGGGUCUGGGUUCUGGAGAGGAGGGAGCUCGUCUGCUGGCCUCUAAGUCUCUGCUGAACCGGUACGCUGUGGAGGGCCGGGACCUCACCCUGCAGUACAACAUCUACAACGUGGGCUCCAGCGCUGCUCUGGAGGUGGAGCUGUCAGAUGAUUCUUUUCCUCCUGAAGACUUUGGAAUCGUUUCAGGAAUGCUGAACGUGAAAUGGGACCGGAUCGCACCAGCGAGCAACGUGUCUCACACGGUGGUGCUGCGCCCCCUGAAGGCCGGCUACUUUAACUUCACCUCUGCCUCCGUCAGCUACCUGGCCCAGGAGGGAGGACAGGUCGUGGUUGGCUACACCAGCGCUCCCGGACAGGGAGGCAUCCUGGCUCAGCGGGAGUUCGACCGCCGCUUCUCCCCCCACUACCUGGACUGGGCAGCGUUCGGCGUGAUGACUCUGCCCUCCAUUGGCAUCCCUCUGCUCCUCUGGUACUCCAGCAAGAGGAAGUACGACUCGCCGAAGGCCAAGAAGAACUGAGGAGGCGCCGCUGGGUUUAAGGCUGCUUGGGGUGGGGGGUUGGGAGGGUGGAAGUCAACGGAUCUCUGAAUAGCUUAAUGACCCAUAUUGGGGUUGAAAGGAAAGUACAGUGACCAAGAAACAUGAUUGUGAUUUGAUCAAACACGCAGCGUGAUGAAGAGAACUCUGGAUCAGGAGGUAGAACAACGGUUUCAGAGUUGGUGAGCAUGACAUCAUCAUCAUCGUCUCCAGCUGCUGGCUACUCCUUCACAUCUGCACCUGGGUUCAUGUGAGACACCGGUUACACCCACAGCUACAUCUGUAACAGCUUAUUGUGUACUUAUUGAACUGCAUGCAGAUGUGCAGUUUAUAGCCAGUCGUUGAACUUCAGAAUAAUUAAUAAAAACAAGCUGUGUUUUUCUAAA